AUGAACCUCUGUCCAAACGGAAGCUCCAAACAUGAAUUUAACAUUGUGGCCUUCUCUACAUCCGGCCAACUUCAGCUAUUUUUUUGUAUUCUGAUCAUUUAUUUAAUAACUAUGUUGGGAAAUUUGUUAAUCAUUUUUCUUGUGUAUUUGGUGCCAAAGUUACAAACCCCAAUGUAUUUCUUGUUGAGUAACCUUGCCGCUGCAGAUGUCACAUCCACCUCUAAUUGUAUCCCUAAACUACUUUCCAUCACACUGACUUGGGAUCACAGGAUCAGCUUUAGUUGCUGUAUGACCCAAUUAUUUUUCUUCCUUUUGAGUGCUACUGGUGAAAUUUUCAUCCUCACAUCCAUGGCCUAUGAUCGCUUUGUCGCGAUAUGUAAGCCCUUACAAUAUUACACAAUAAUGAGAAAGAACGUGUACAUUGCAAUGGCUGCUUCCUGUUGGCUGCUCAGCCUUUUAAAUUCCCUAUUACAUACACUACUCAUAUGUGUUCUGAAGUUUUGUAAUUCACAUGAUAUCAACAAUUUCUAUUGUGACAUGAAUUCAUUGCUGGCUCUUUCCACUACCGACACUCGUAAUCACAAAAUCUUCUUAUUCUUUGAACUUAGUGUUAUUUUCCUUGUCCAGUUCAUUCUCAUCAUUAUCUCCUACAUCUUUAUCUUUGGCACCAUUUUGAAGAUCCGUUCCUCAGGAGGACGUAUGAAAGCCUUCUCCAGCUGCAUCUCCCACCUCAUCACAGUUAUAUUAUUCUACGGGCCUAGUUUGAUCUUGUACAUGAAAACAAAAGGUUCCAAGGAAAAGGACACAUUGUUGUCAAUGCUUUAUCUGGUUGUGGUUCCUAUGCUGAAUCCUUUGGUCUACAGUCUGAGAAAUAAAGAAGUUUGGGAGGCUACUGUAAUGUUAAAAAAAAAAAUAUUAAGGUCCUCACUGUUUGGAUAA